UUCACCAACUAUCCCUACGCGCUCUACGCACUGGACGUCAAGUUCCAACCCGCGUAUCGACCAUCCGGCCGCUUCACUGAGCAGAAACACUACUUCUCAGGAAAACACAAGUUGUACGGCUUCAAGAUCGAGUGUGCGGUGGUACCACCAGGCUUAGCGGUGCAUGUGUCGAGGCACUACUCUGGAUCUGUGUCUGACAUAACCAUCUGUAUGAAGAAUCUGGAAGUGCAUAAGCGGCUGCUGCACAAGACGACUGCUGAGGCUGGGCGAAACGACUACGGAGAAGGCUCGACGUCGUUUGGCAACAUGUGGGGUGUUCUGGCCGACAAGGGUUAUCAAGGGCUCGAAACGUCUGUGCGCGCCAUCAUACCGAAGCGUCGUCCUCGUGGCGGACCUCUG